AUGACAUGCUUCCCUUCUUGUGAUGGCACAGAGGCAACAUCUGUUUCCACUCUUACAGUAGAUGCCUUUCCCACUUCUUUGCUUUUUGUGAAAAUUGUGAGAGCCAGAAAUAUGGUCAAAGCAGACCUAUUGAGUGCCACUGACUGCUAUGUAACCUUGUGGCUGCCAACAUCUUCAAAGGAAGAGGCCAAGACCAAAACUAUCUUGAAUUCUAAUGAACCAGAAUGGAAUGAAACCUUCUGUUUCAGAAUCCAGACCCAAGUUAAGAACAUCCUGGAACUGAGAGUCUAUGAUGAAGAUCCACUCACCAAAGAUGACCUUCUCUUCACUGUUCUCUUUGAUGUGGCUGAAGUCAGACUUGGAGAAAGAGCCUAUUCAAGCUUCAUUUUGAAUUCAGAGAGUAAUACCGAGCUGGAAGUGGAGUUCAUAAUGAAUGAAAUAUUGGACCCUCCAGAAAACCUCAUUACGAAUGGCAUCCUAGUGAGCCGUCCACUUUCCUGUUUAGAAGUUUCUGUGACCAAGGAAAGGAGUCCAAAGUGUUUAGAAGGAGAAGAUAAGCUUGAGCUUAGAGUGAAAGGGUCAUAUGAAGAAACGCAGAAAACCGUACUGGACUCUGGCUUAGUGGAAUCUUUCUUCUUCCGCUACCCUGCAUACUGGGAACCAGAACUGAAUGCCCAUCUGCAGCACUGGUCAAGUGAUGAUGGGGGGGAUGGAAAUAACUCCACUGCAUCCUUGAUUAUGCCUCUGAAAUUACUUCAUAUGGGACAGGAAGUGAAAGUAAUUCUUCCUAUAGUACAUGAAGCAAGCUUGGAGCUGCAACUCAAGACACAGGACUGCCAGGAAAACCUAGACAUGCGCUUGGGAUUUGACUUGUGCUCACAGGAGAGAGAUUUCCUGCAGAAGAGGAAGAAGGUAGUUGCUGCUGCCUUGAAGGAGAUUCUUCAUUUAGAAGAGAACCUGCAAGACCAUGAGGUUCCAGUUGUGGCAAUCAUGGCAACAGGAGGUGGGGCCAGAGCAAUGACAUCCCUGUAUGGCCAGCUCUCAGGUCUCAAGAAGUUAAAUCUCCUUGACUGUAUAACAUAUAUCAGUGGCACUUCUGGUUCAACUUGGACAAUGUCAAGCUUGUAUGAAGAUGCCAAUUGGUCACGGAAGGAUCUGGAGAGGCCGAUCAAUGAGGCUCAGAAGCAAGUGACCAAGAGCAAAACUAACGCUUUUUCCUUGGAGCAUGUCGUGCAUUAUCAAAGAGAGCUGAGCCAGAGGGCCAAAGAAGGCUUCUCUAUAUCUUUUAAUGAUCUGUGGGCCGUUGCUCUUGAAUAUAUCUUGCAUGGUAAGGUAAAUGACUUUAAACUCUCAGAUCAGCAACAGGCUGUGAGUCAAGGGCAAAAUCCUCUGCCUCUCUACCUAGCUCUCAAUGUUAAAGAGAACCACAUGUCUACUGCUAACUUUAAAGAAUGGUGUGAAUUUUCCCCUUUUGAGGUCGGAUUCCCAAAAUAUGGUGCUUUCAUUCACUCAGAAGAUUUUGGAAGUGAAUUUUUCAUGGGGCAAUUGAUGAAGAAGAAUCCUGAGUCCCGGAUUUGUUAUCUAGAAGGCUUAUGGAGUAACAUCUUUGCUGUGAAUCUGCUUGAUAUCUGGAAUGCCUUUGGUAGUUCAGAUAAAUUUUGGCAGCAACAUGUCCAAGCCAAAAUAAAAAAUAUUGGUAAAGAAAACUCCUCCUACCUGGGGAUAUCAUGGAUAAAUCCUACAGGAAUGCUCUCUAAGAUCAUUAAGGAUAUUCUAACUGAUCGUCCCCUACACCAUCAUGUCCAUAACUUCCUAAGAGGUCUCCAGUUGCACAAGGACUACUAUCAACAGAGCCCAUUUUCUAUCUGGAAAGAUUCUCAGCUGGAUGUGUUCCCUAAUCAGCUGACACCCUCAGAAGAUGACCUAUGUCUGGUAGAUGCUGCAUAUUUCAUCAAUACCAGUUGUCAACCACUCUUGAGGAAAGAGAGGAAUGUGAACAUCAUCCUGUCAUUUGAUUACUCCCUGAGCACAGCAUUUGAGGCCAUAGAACGGACUGGGCAGUACUGCUCAAAGCAGGGAAUACCAUUCCCGAAAAUUGUGCUGAGUGAAGAGGAAAAAAGGCAUCCGAAAGAGUGCUAUGUGUUUAUGGAUGAAGAAAAUCUAAAGACUCCCAUAGUUCUCCAUUUCCCACUGGUGAACAACACAUUCAGGAAGUUCAAGGUACCUGGGGUGGAACGCAGUCCUGCAGAGCUGGCAGAAGGAACAGUGCCUCUUGCUGGUUGCUGCUCACCUUAUAACUUGCUGAAUAUGACCUACUGCAAGGAGGACUUUGAUAAACUGCUAAAGCUCACUGACUACAAUGUCCAGAAUAACAGAGACCUGAUUCUGCAGGCUUUCCGCGCAUCCAUAUCACGAAAGAAAUGCUGCAGCAACUGAAAUGGCGCAAGCCU